AUGGGCGGCCCCCGGCGAGGCGCCACGCUGCAUUUUGGCCAGGGGGGCAUCGGAGGGGCCGACCGUGCCAGGGCAUGCCUGGGGCGACCACUGCCUGGCCAGCAGGCGAGAGUAGGGCCAGCACUUGACCCGACCAUGUGCAGACCAAGGUCGGGACUCAAAGUACCCCCGUGGUGUACCAAUUUGCACCACAUACAAGCAUUCCUGGAAAACUCUUGGAGUAACCAGCCACCAAGGAAGCUGGUUGUACCGAGGUAUAUGGACUUACAAAAAAAGACAGGAAACACCUUCAAAUCAGGUGUGGUUGAGGUGAAUGAAGAAUACAUCUGGAAAGAUAUUGCUUCAAGUUCACUAGAGUUAUGGUCAGCCUUUUAG